CUUCUUUUCCUGUUCCCCACUAUUUUGUUAGGUAAAGUCUCUGGCACGCCAGUCUCUUUCAUUGCGCACACGGGCUGGGAACCUUGAGAUAAACCUGAAAACGUUCUGCUUUGUGGUGUUGGCAUUUGUGGUUUGUGGGUGGCAGGUUAUGGAAUGUGCUGGUUUGUGUCCGCUGAGUUACAGUGAUUAGGUAUCAAGUGACUGUGGUUAUUUUUGCUUUUUAUAAGGAACAGAGAGCUAUAGUGGGCGCCCCCAGAAGACAAAUUGUGUUUAGCCCCCUUUGAUCGUUGCUGACUGGCAGCAAUUCUUCAUGACUUGCCGUUAUGUUCUGAACAGCAGCAUCCUCCUCCCAGUGCUUCUGGCUUUGUACCUGUUCUCUGAAAUGGCUCCGUGUCCCAGCGCUGUGAAAUGCAGGAGGAGUGUUGCUCUGGGGUAUAUUAUGCAGCUCGUGUAUGUGCUCUUGAAAUGCAACUGUGUGCUCUCAUCUUAAAAAAGACCUAUGAUUCUUGACUUAGCAAUUUCGUCCUUCCUGACAUUCAUGUUCUCUGGCGAAAGCAACUUCAAGAAGAGCCCGUAACUUUGCUUGGCAGAUGAAAUUAAGAUGCCAACAUUUAAUGAACCUUGAACAAGCAGCAGUGUGUGUUUGGUGAGCUGCUGGCUGUGAUUGAAGUGUGUACAUUAGAGGAAAGGGAGCUUAAUUGAUUGAGGGGCAGUGAUGGGGCAAUGGUAAUAAAAGCAGAGCAAACAGCUGUCAGUCUGAAUAGAUUUAGACUUAAAAAUGGGAAUGGGGGAGGGUAAGCCUGCGUUGAGAAAAAUUCUCAAGAUGCACCCCCAGCGGUGUUCCUGUGAGACCCUUUGCAGUUCUGCACCUUGGCCCCUGGCAGCAGGAGUGCACCUCAGGGGGGUUUUUGCAAGUGCUGGUGUGACACCAUGAGUUGGGAAAGACUGGAAAACCGGAGCCUGUGCUUUUGGUAUGGAUGGGAAGAAGUGCAGCGUCUGGAUGUUCUUACCUCUUGUGUUUACCCUGUUUACAUCAGCUGGAUUAUGGAUAGUGUACUUUAUAGCUGUGGAAGAUAACAAAAUUCUCCCUUUAAAUAUACCAGAUAGGAAACCUGGUUCCAAAAGACCACCUUAUAUAAGUAUUGCAGGUGACACACCUCCUGCGAGCUGCGUGUUUAGCCAAGUCAUGAACAUGGCGGCAUUUUUAGCGCUCGUCAUGGCUGUCCUGCGCUUCAUUCAGCUGAAGCCAAAGGUGCUGAACCCUUGGCUGAACGUCAGCGGGCUGGUGGCAUUGUGCUUGGCCUCUUUUGGGAUGACCCUACUGGGCAACUUCCAGCUUUCCAACGAUGAGGAGAUCCACAACGUGGGCACGUCGCUGACCUUUGGCUUUGGGACUUUGGCCUGCUGGAUCCAGUCUGCUCUCACCCUCAAGAUCAACCUGAAGAAUGAGGGACGGAAAGUUGGGAUUCCACGAGUGGCUCUGUCAGCCAGCAUCACCCUCUGCGUGGUGCUCUAUUUCAUCCUCAUGGCGCAGGGCAUCCACAUCCACGCUUCCAGGAUCCAGUGGGGUCUGGUGAUGUGCUUCCUGUGCUACUUCGGCACCUUUGCCGUGGAGUUCAGGCACUACAGAUUUGAGAUUGUUUGCUCCGAGUACCAGGAAAACUUUCUGAGCUUUUCCGAAAGCUUAUCGGAAGCCUCCGAGUACCAGACAGAUCAGGUGUAGCCUGUCCUCUGGCAGGGGGGAGGGGGGCAGGUGUGGGCUCAUGGGUUAAACAUGACCUCAUUUACACUUUUUUGAUGAGUUUGUAUUCAUGUGCAAUCACGAUUGUAUUGCCAAAGGGCUCUGAGGGUGGCUGUCUCAUCAAGAGCCAAACACAAACAGAUGUCUGCUGGAAAGAGGAGUGGAUUCUUCUCGGCAGCAGCAGGAGAGAGCACAAGGUGUCUGUGCUACCAGUGACUCUGGCUCUGUCACACUCCUGUAGUUCACAACAUCCAACAGCCGGUCCUCGUGAUGCCCCUCCGCGACGGGCGCUCCUCAGCCCCUUCCUCAGAGGAUGACAUGAAGGAAACUUGAUUUCUCCAGGCACCAAGAGUCUUCAGGAGUUGCUGGUUCCCCGAGUCACCGGGCUACAUCUUCCACCUGUUUCUUGCAUUGUUUUCUUUGCUGCCAACCAGUUGUAACUCGGUUGGGUGAGAGAGAGCGGCUGCUUCUCCUGGAGCUGGAAUUGUGCGCAGCAGAAGACCUCAACCCACUUGGUUUUUGUGGCGAGGCUGGAAAGUGGCCAUGGCGAAGGCCAGGUUUGGGAGAAACCACGCUGUGCUCAGGAAAGGAACCUUGGCCUGAUGCUGCUUUGUAGCUGGGCAGAUCGUCCCCAGAGCCAGGAGAGGUGGCGCAGGGGGGAGUACUUCAGACUCGGCGGUGGAGGCUGCUGGAUUAGGACAGCAAUGCCUGCGUGCUCUGAAGAUGACCCAGAAAAGGCUGCUCUUUGUGUGUCCUGCUUCCACCACGUAGCGUGUGUAAUAUGUCAAAAGCUUUUUUUUCUUUUUUUUUUUGAUUCAGCGAGGGGGGGAAACAUUGUGUCAGAGACACUGGGCUCACCGUGAUGAGAACUGAACCCUUCCAGGUGAUUCUGGGCGUAGGGUUUGGUUUUGCUCCUCAUACACUUAAGAGAAGUCAAACUUCAGAUGGGCUGAUGCUACACCAGCCCUGGGCUCCCUGGCCACCCCUCCACGUGGCCAGUUGUCCUGAGUGAAGUUUGCCACGGGUUUAAGGGGGCUCCCAAGGUGCAGGGACGUGGUUCUGCCCUGGAGGUUGGUUGAUGUGGCCCGAGGGCUGGAGGUGCAGGAAGGGAAGAGCAAAACCAGAAGGGGCUUCAUCCUCCCUCAAGGGGUGUAUUCAAACAAAAGGUCUGUUUUCAAAGAAAAAGCAGGGGCUCAAAGCUCCUGUUUGAAAACCUGCCUUGGGGAAGGCUGCUGUGUUGGCUGGGCAAGGGUUGCUUCUCAUGAACAUGGCUCCUGUUUUCCUUCACCGGUCAGGCUCAGCUUAGGCUUGUGUCUUGUCUGAGCUGCAGGAAAAUAAGCAGAAAUUAAAAUGGUGGCAAGACAUUGGAAGGGGAAUUCCUACUGCAGCGUGGCGUUUAGGAGAGAGGGAAGAGGAGAGGCAGGAGAACGUUCAGUCUUCUGCAAAGGUCUUCUCCUGAGAGGAGAAACAGCUGGGAAAACUUCCGUCCAAACUAGUCUAAGUAGAAAGCUUUAAAGCCAGCCCUUUAUCUUCUUGUGAGCCAAAAUUCCUUCUCAGGCAGCUGUGUUAUAAUUCCAGAGCAUCUCCAGGCAAAAGAGGGUUGUUGUUGUUGGGCUGCUGAAGGGCCUCUUCCUUGUAGCUGUGCUGGAAGCUUCUCUGGAGGGACGUGGUCCAAGGACACGGUGGCGUUAAGGCACGGGGGUCCCCGACACCCCCCGAAGCUCCUCCUGGGUGGGGGACAGGAGGGGACAGCCUGGAGAAGAUGCAGGUGGAGAUCCUCUUACACGGAGCACAAAACAGCGAUUCGUUUCAAGGGUAUUUUACUGUAAAUAGUCCACCGUGACUUCUUUUUUUUUUUAAAGUCAACUGAUACUUUCAGUUUAUUAUUUUAUAUUUUGCAAUUUU